UUUAAGGAAAAAACUUCCUGCGAGAGGAGAAGCGUGCCAACCUCCGGUUUGAGCCCAGUGUCUCCUAAAGCAAGAAGCGCAGAGAGCGAGACAUUUUGAAAUUGUUCCCCUCAUCUUUGCGGAUAUCUAUACAAAUUUGUAACCACGGCUUCAAAGGUGGACAACGUUUUUUCCUCUCUAUCCCUGCAUUUCUUCAAGAAAGAAAUGGAAGAGGGCUCCAGUUCUCCGGUCUCCCCUGUGGAUAGUCUAGUGACCAGCGAGGAGGAGCUGGACAGACAGCAGAAACGCUUCGCGAGGAAGAGGAGACACAGUAAAAAGUCCAGCGAGGACAGCAGCGGCAGCAGCCCGGGUUCGGUGAAACGGGGGAAAAAACCAAGUCCUAGCAGCACUCAGUCGUACGAGGAGCUGCAGAACCAGCGGGUCCUGGCCAACGUCCGGGAGAGGCAACGGACUCAGUCUCUGAACGAGGCCUUUGCGUCUUUGCGCAAAAUUAUCCCCACGCUCCCCUCGGACAAACUGAGCAAGAUACAGACGCUGAAGCUCGCCUCCAGAUACAUUGAUUUUCUCUGUCAGGUGCUGCAGAGUGACGAGAUGGACAGCAAGAUGUCCAGCUGCAGCUACGUAGCGCACGAAAGACUCAGUUACGCGUUCUCCGUGUGGAGGAUGGAGGGCGCUUGGUCUAUGUCAGCAUCUCACUAGCAGCCAGAGACCUUCACUUACUAUGCCAAAGCGACUGUUUACUUCUACAAAGUAUGAAGAUCAAAGGUAUUAUUGCAGAACCCAUCGACCUCAGAGGCAUGGCGGAGAGACGUAAUGUGACCCACAACUACAAAGUGUUGGGGAGCGUGUGUGUGGAUGCAGAUUCAUCACACUGACUGUUUCUGACUGUCCGGAGCUGUUUGUGGCAGAGAGGGAGGAAAGAAGUCAGAGCGUCCUGCGACGUGUGUAGGCCAGAAGAAUUUCAGCAAAGCCAUCCCUUAAUCGUCUUUAGAAGGAGAUAUAUUUUGUUUUCUUUAUUUUGUUUUUUUUUUCCAAAGACUUUAAA